AUGCUGAUACAGCGAUUGGCAUCGAGUUUGGCGCUCGUCGCUUCCACUUAUGCGCUCCUCCGAUUCCCUUGCUCUCAGCUCGUCACUGAGCGUUUUGAUCCGCUGGUUACACCUGGCGAGGUCUCACCACACCUUCACCAAAUCGUCGGAGGGGGUAGCUUUGACUUGACCAUGGACCCCACAAUCGACAUCGCAGAGACAGCGACCUGCACAACCUGUCGCUUCAAGGAGGAUAAAUCGAACUACUGGACCGCCGUGCUGUAUUUCAAGCAUCCCAAUGGGAGCUUCUUCCGGGUACCCCAGAUGGCGAAUCAUGGCACAGGGCCAGGUACACAGUCUGGUGGAAUGACGGUGUAUUACUUCCAACCUCGCGCUCCUACGAAGAAUCUGAACGUUACCGCCUUUGCUCCUGGAUUCCGCAUGCUAGUCGGCAAUCCUAUGCGCCGUCGAGACGACAUUGAUCCCAACUCUACGGCUGCGAAGGCGACUACGUUCAGGUGCUUCCAUGGCGCCGAUCCUGGACCCUUUGGAUCGCCUGGAAACGGUCCUGAUGACACGUUCGAGUUACCAAACAAGAUCUGCACCGGGGGAAUCAGGACGAACAUCUUCUUCCCCCACCACGUCGCACACCCCUCUGGCCCCCCAGCCCCCGACGGACUCCAAUUCUUCGGCACAGAUUGCCCAGAUACUCACCCCGUCCGCCUCCCUCUCCUCUUUAUCGAAAUCGUCUGGGACACACGCCCCUUCAACGACCCCGAGCUUUGGCCCAAAGACGGCACCCAGCCCUUUGUCUUCAGUAUGGGCGACCCCACCGGAUAUGGCCAACACGCCGACUAUGUCUUCGGAUGGGAAGGCGACUCCCUCCAACGCGCGAUGGAUAAAUGUACAGAUGGCAACCCCGCUCCCGAGGCGUGCCCCGAGCUGACACCGCAGGACAUGGAGACAAUGAAUACCUGCAGGCUACCGGUCAAGGUUCCGGAGGUUACGGAAGAUCAGUGCGAUCUGGCUGACGAUGAGGGAUGGUUUGAUAGACUUGGAUAA